UUUGAACCUCCUUAUACAUUGUCGUUAUUGUAUACGUGACGCUACUCUCUGUAACCAUCAACUGCGCACCAUUUUCCAAUUUUUUUUUUAUGUAAUUGGACGCUGUUAGCUCUGCUGUGUCUAAGAGUGGCUUGAGAUCACACGCCUAGAACUCUCCCACUUUGUAUAAGCUGAACAUAUAUGGGUUUCCGAAGGUUUGCAUUUACUACCGGUUUAGGAUGUGAUAGAGAGUUGGUCUGUAUGAUUGUAUGAGUUCAAGUUAGAGUGGCUUAAAAUCUAGUUGGAGUAUAAGUUUUAAGCUAUGAUGUUGAGAUCCAUGUGCAGAAAUGUCUGGAAUGCUAAGAACUUAAGAUAGCUUGGUGAUUUCUUGCUAUUUUGGUUGUACCAAACGAAAGUUUAGUUUGUAUUUGCUGGGUUCUUAUAGUAGAUGUGUUUUCUACCACAUAAAUUAGCAACGGCAGUUGAAAGUUGCAUUUCUACCUAAUGGGAGUAAUAACCCUACCAAAUGUGGCAAAGGUAGUGGUGCUAGUUGAGAUAUACUUUUCCACCAUGUUCUUUUUCAAGUUUGCAGGAGAGGCACUUGAUUUUAUUUGACGAGCACCUUUACUUUAAUCCGUUCAAGUAAGGGGCAUUCUUCUAUUUCUCCCGUGUUGUAUCUUUAAAUCUGCACUUUUCUUCUCCACUCAAUGUAGGUCUGUUUUGUUGAUUGUUGUAUACUCAAGAGGGUGUCUUUUGUGUAUGCAGGAAAUGAGACAGAUACUGGGCAUGGUGAUUAUAAUGCUGUCCAUUUCUCAUAUGGCGGUCCUGCUGGUUCAGAUGAUCCAAAUAACUUGACCUCAUAUUAUCGACCAUCUUUUCCUGUGCCAGAAAGCUUGUUGAAUAAGCUGUUGAUCCAGCAAUAAUUGUCAAAGGUGCAUAUGUUCUUCUAAGGAUUAAAUGUCUGUUUCAGAUGGUUGGAGCAGAGAUGAAGUUCCUACUAGUGAUGCACAUUGUUUCCUUACGAUCUAUCUUGACGUAAGGAAUAGGCAGCCUCCCUCUGAGAAGGUGCAUCAGAUAAUUGCAAGAACUGCUUUAUUUGUCAGCAAGAAUGGGGGUCAAUCAGAGAUUGUGUUAAGGGUGAAGCAGGGAAGCAAUCCAACAUUUGGAUUCUUGAUGCCUGACCAUCAUCUCCACAGCUACUUUCGGUACAUUGUUGAUCAUCCUCAGCUGUUGAAAGAUGGCUCAGAUGCUGGCACCAGUAAAGGCAACAAAACGGUUACCAAUGAGGCUGAGCAUGCCGUCCCAUCAAGUGGAGCUUUAUCAUUGCUUGGUGCCGUCUACGAGUCUGGAGAUGAGGAUGAAGGUGUGAUUCCAGCUAGCUCAAAAGGCAUGGAUCCAGGUAAUGACGUUGUUUUGCACGAGCAAAGCCAAGGCUCUGCAUUCAACAAUGAAGAAGUGAGAAAAGGUCAGGCAGUAACAGAAGAAGCUGCCACUGCAGUUAAGGAUAAACCUAUUUUUACCAAGAAGAACCCAACAAUUACUGGAAACAGCAUUGUUGCUGCUCAACGGGGAAACGUUAAAGAAGCCAUUAAGACGUUAGCCACUCCUGCCAAGUCCGAGAACUCUAAAUCAGGUGUGUCUGACACAAAAGAAGUGAUCCUGGAACCACCAUCCGUUUUGAGGCGCACAAUGGAGAAAAUAGUCGAGUUUAUUCUCAGGAACGGGAAGGAGUUUGAAGAAAAACUAAUUGAGCAAGACAGGACAACUGGGAGGUUUCCAUUUCUUCUAUCGUCUAAUCCAUAUCAUUCGUACUAUCUCAAGACUCUCCAGGAAACUCAAGAGUCCAACAACUGUGGUGGUUCUUUGGAGCGGAAAGACAGAAGAUCAUCUUUGGAGCGGAAAGACAGAAGAUCUUCUUUGGAGCGCAAAGACAGAAUAUCUUCUUUGGAGCGCAAAGACAGAAGAUCUUCUUUGGAGCUCAAAGACAGAAGUUCUUCAGACCGCAGAGACUGUGGUCAUGGGAGGGAAAUAAGUAAGGGAAAACGAUGGGAAAGUGCUAGCAGGUACUUAAGUUCUUCUGAUAGAAGCUCUGCGGAACCAUCGGAGAAGCAGCUUUGUGACAAACAGGGGAAUGCGAAGUUUCAAAUGCUCAUUGGUGAGGUCAAGAAGGAACCUCCUCGGAAGGUCACUGCAGAUGAAGCUGCUGCUAUUGUUAUGGCGGCUACCCGUGGACUGGCCCCUUCCAAUCCUCAACCUAGCACAGUAAAAUUCAUGGCUGACAAUUGGCACACCAGUAUACAGGACCCAUGUGCAGUGUCCAAAUCUGCUUCGAGUAGUGAGGCAGGCAUUUCUGUCCGUAGUGGUCAGCUAAACAAGGAAGGUAUUGGAAUUAUUGAUGAUGAUUGGAUUGCAAAGACAAUCGCAAAAGCUGUUGCUGUUGCCGCCUCUAAAGAGGCGGAUUCUUCUGAAGCUUCCAUGACCAAUGAGCAGAAGCUGAAGGCUGAGAGGCUUCGGCGUGCAAAGAUGUUUACUGCAAUUAUCAAGACUGGAGGCAACAACACCGAUUUGGUGGCAACAAGUGAUCCAACAAAUGAAUCUGCAAAGGCCUCUCCUACUGAUUUGGACCUUCCUAGACCUGAUUCACAACCUUUGGCUAAGGAACGUGAAGGUGGCUCUGUGCCUUUCGAGCGUGAAGGUUCAAAUCUGACAAUGCAGGAGAUAGACUCUGAUGAUGAGCAGAGCAGGGCGCGCAAGUAUAGGAAACAUCACCCAGAAUCCGAUGAGAAGGAUGAUUUGGAUGAGGAAAGAAACAAACAUACAAGGAAGAGACAUCGUUCAGAGCAUUCAAGAAGAUAUAGCAAGGAUGUGCACAAACAUAAGUACAGGCAGCACUCCAGGGAUAGGGAGGACAAGUAUCAUAGGCAGAGUCAUAGCUCUUCAGAAGAUGAGCGAGAGCGUAGCAGUUCCAAGUCAAGGCGUCAGCAUAGGGAUGAUCACAAGUACGCUGAAGAUGAUGAGUACAGGAGUUCGCAUAGGCACAGGAGGAACCAUCGCUCCAGUUCCAAAAGGAAACACAAGGAUAGCCAAGACCACAUUGAGGAAACUCAGGGCGGUGUUGAAGCCUCCCAGAACACAUCGGAUCACAAGUAUGGAUCAGAGAAGCCCCCUAGUGACAGUGCUCAAUCAUCUCAGGCAGCAACUGAGGUUCCAAAUGAGCUGAAGGCAAAGAUUAGAGCAAUGUUACUCGAGACGCUUUAAUGUGCGUUCCAAUGUAGUAACACUGUAUCUAUUGCUGUCCAGUUCUUUAUUUCGUUCAAACAUAUCUUUUGUUGAAAUAUCCCCCCAUCGUGUUGUCUGUUUGUGAUAGCUAUAUUCAAACUGGUGGCAACUGAUAGAUCUUAGGUGAAGUGGUUGGCGUCUACAAUUUUGACGCUCUACAUGCGAACUUCGGUCACUGCGUGUUAAUGUGAUAUUUGAGGGAUUAUUCGGAUUGCAGGAGUUA